AUGCUGUCUCGAAGACUCUUCUCAUUCACGUGUGGAAGGGGGAAGCUCUCGAAGUCGCUCUAUCCUGUUUCUGCCCCUCUGGCUUGCGUACGCAGCCAUGUGGGAGUGAAAUCUGAGGUUCGGGCUUUCAGACACUCAGCGUUCGCUAGGCGCCAGGAUGAGUCCAAGAAGAGCCUACAGGCCGGCUCAGUUGCUGAAAAGCCUGUAGCGAGGUCCGACACGUCAGACGUCACCAAGCCGGAGUCUCUACAGGAUGCCCAGCCGCCCAGGGCUGCACCGGUUGCGCCCAAGAAGGAAGCCCUGCUAUCGGAGAAGGUCAUCUCCAACAAGGAGCAGCGGAAAGUUGAUCUGGCCAUCAUGAGGGAGAUGGUCCAGUAUCUGUGGCCAAAGGGCGACUGGGGCACGAAACUUCGCGUCGGCGGCGCGCUUUCACUGUUGGUCGGGGCGAAGAUCCUGAAUGUCAAUGUUCCAUUCUACUUUAAGAACAUCGUGGACUCGAUGAACAUUGAUUUUCUGGCCGUGGGUGGCACUGCCUGGACGGUGGCGGGCUCCAUGAUCGUGGCCUACGGCGUGACUCGCAUCGGGGCCACCUUGUUCCAGGAGCUCCGGAAUGCCGUCUUUGCCAGUGUUGCUCAGAAGGCCAUACGCAACGUGGCCAAGAAUGUCUUCGCACAUCUACUAAGACUCGACCUAAACUUUCACCUGUCACGGCAAACUGGUGGACUGACAAGAGCGCUGGACCGUGGUACCAAGGGGAUCAGCUUCUUGCUAACGUCGAUGUUAUUCCACAUCUUCCCUACGGUACUGGAGAUCUCGCUGGUCUGCGGCAUUCUAACGUAUCAGUACGGCGCGCAGUUCGCGGCCAUUACUGCUGCUACGAUGGUGGCAUAUUCAACGUUCACUAUCACGACGACUUCUUGGAGGACCAAAUUUCGCAAACAGGCCAAUGCCGCGGAUAACCAGGGAGCUACAGUUGCCGUUGACACUCUGAUCAACUACGAGGCUGUCAAGUACUUCAACAACGAGAGGUUCGAGGUUAACCGAUACGAUGCGGCGUUGAAGAAAUACGAGGAUGCAUCGAUCAAAGUGACAACUUCGCUGGCUUUCCUGAACACAGGUCAGAAUGUAAUCUUCUCGGGUGCUCUGGCAGCCAUGAUGUACAUGGCGGCAAACGGGGUGGCAAGUGGUGCGUUGACGGUUGGAGAUUUGGUCAUGGUCAAUCAACUCGUCUUCCAGCUAUCAGUACCGCUGAAUUUCUUGGGUUCGGUAUACCGAGAACUGCGGCAAUCUCUCUUGGACAUGGAGACACUGUUCAACUUGCAGAAAGUCAACGUGACCGUCAAGGAGGUCGCAAACCCGCGACCGCUCGCUCUGACCAAAGGAGGUGAGAUCAGGUUUCAAGACGUUUCGUUCGGCUAUCACGCUGAUCGGCUGAUCCUGAAAAACUUGACGAUGACCAUUCCUGCGGGAAAGAAGGUUGCCAUUGUCGGACCCAGUGGCUGUGGGAAGUCGACCAUACUCCGGCUGCUCUUCCGCUUUUACGACGCGGAUUCCGGGAAGAUUCUGAUUGAUGGUCAAAACAUCAAGGAAGUCAGCCUCGACAGCUUGCGAGAAAGCAUUGGCGUGGUUCCGCAGGAUACGCCGCUAUUCAACAACACGAUCGAGCACAACAUCCGCUACGGCAAGAUUGAUGCUUCGCUGGACGAUGUGAAGAAGGCGGCCCAACGAGCACGAAUUGCCGAUCUCAUCGAACGUCUGCCCGCCGGAUGGAAUACCAUGGUGGGCGAACGAGGCAUGAUGAUUUCCGGUGGCGAGAAGCAGAGGCUUGCAGUGGCGCGACUCCUUUUGAAGGAUCCACCACUGCUAUUUUUCGACGAAGCAACGUCGGCCCUGGACACCUAUACCGAGCAGACGCUGCUCCAGAACAUCAACAGUAUCUUGAAGGAGAAGGCCCGAACAAGCGUCUUUGUGGCGCAUCGGUUGCGGACCAUCUUUGACAGCGACAUCAUCUUCGUGCUCAAAGAGGGGCGAGUGGUCGAACAAGGCACUCACGCCGAGUUGCUGGCCAUGCAUGGUCUCUAUGCUGAUCUCUGGGCAGCCCAAGAAGUGUCCAUCGGUCAAGAUAUGACACUGGAGAAAGAACUGGAAGAGGAACGCGAGACUAAGAAAAAGGAGUCUUGA